CAAUUUUGUCAUUAUCGUUUAUAUACCGCACUAUGCUGUAUAGUUCUGUCAUAGAUAAGCUAAUGAUUUAUGCAAAUGAAACAUUGUUGAAUAUAGUGAUAAACUGCACGAUAUUGAUAGAUAAACUUUAAUACAAUUCAGUGCGGAAGGUGAAAGGUUUAGUAUAGUUAUCUUUUUAUCGUGUUAUGAAAUAAUCUUUAUGAACGUAUUUUAUGUGCAACCUUAUAAUGAUUUUUCGGUGCUAAUUUAGGCUACUUAUACAAUAUAUACUAGCAUCAAUAAAGUCUCGGAAAAUACUUAAGUAAGAAAAUGAAGUUACAUUGAUUGUAACUAAAAAAAACUUAAUUGACAGUGAUAUUCAUUGCAACACGCAAAAAUUUUUUAAAAUUUUCCCGCCAACUUUACUUUGUUAAGUUCAAAUUAUCUGUGAAAGUUUAAUGGGUAAUAAGGGACAUAAUGAAGUAAAAUAUGACUUAUUAAUUACUAGUACAUAGUAAAAUCCUUCUCUACUUUAUCAACUAUUUUAUUAUUCAUCCAACGAGAGAAUAUAUUUGUCAAUUCAUUCUGCGCAUCUCGGUUUUGAUUUGUUCGUGUACGCUUAGUAACCAAGAGUAACGCGAAUGCGUUUGUAACACUGAGGGUAUAUAUUGAGUAACUUUUUAUUUUCUAUUUCUAUUAUCAUCAGUUCUUCUGCUGAUUCACACUUUUUUGCCUAGCAUAUAUAUGACUGACCGAGUCGAAAAUGCAUCAUAGUAAGAUAACUUUAAGUGGAAUAGAGCUUACUGAAGUUAGCCAAGUUGCGCAAAGCGCUCUUUUACUGGAUGAGGCCAUACGUUCCAUUCGUGAAAUAAAGUAUAUUUGUCAUAACUCAAAACAAACCAUUUUGAACAAACAGUAUUCCCAAUUCUGUUCCAUACAUUCUCAGUACUUAUAAGAUGUUAUGUCCUAUAAAAAUGUAAAAAGAAGUAAAGUGCAAUUGUAAAAUUUGAUACGAUAUAUGAUAAUAUUAUCUGCUAAAUAUGAUCAUUUUUGUAUAUUGUUGUACGUUUCUAAUUUUCCCGCAAUAUGUUUACACUGUAAGAAAUUAUGGCGCCAAAUAAGUGUAUACGUCAAUUGCGUUUUCAAUAAUGAUAAAUAUCUAAAAGGAAAUUACGAAGAAUCAAUGAACAGAGUCAUCAGUAUUUCACAGUAACUUAUUGGCAUUAAUAAUUAACCUAUUUGUGAGAUACGUUAUGCUGCUGACAUUAUAAUUUUACUUUUAUGUUUAAAGAAUUAUGUCGGAUCCUGGGUUGUCAUUUGAUGAAGAAGCACUUUCACCUGAGAUCUUCAGCGAUGUAGAUAACGCGACAAAUAACCCCGAAAGUUUUGAUGAUUCAAAUUCGAUGUCUGUUGAUGUUAAUGAACCUGAACCUGUGGAUGAUGUACCUGAAUGGAAAGGAAUGAGCAUGGAUGAAAUUCGUAAGGGCUUAGGUGUCUACGAGUGUCAAGAAUUGCCACCUAUUUGCCCUUCUUCAACUCAUACAGUAUUAGUAUCGUUACCAUUACCUGUGCGAGGAACACCUAAACCAUAUCCUAUGCAUCAAGUGGAUAAAUGGUGUCAAGAUUAUGUAAGGAUGCCACAUUCAAAACAUAGUGUAUAUCCAAUAGAUGAGAAAGGAACUCGUCGUUAUCGGAAUAGAUGGGAAAUAAUACAGGAAUCAUUACUUCAAAAUUUUGUUUCAACUCAACAAUUAGAAACUGCAAUACUUUCUUAUAAUCACAUAUAUGCACAACGUUGGGAUUUCACUGCAUUGCAUCAUUUCUUCUCUGAGGUAGUCGAUGAAGAAGAAUCAAAUAUUUUCUUUGAAGUAUUGAUGCCAAAAAUGGUUCAGCUUGCUUUGCAACUCCCUGUUUUAAUAACUGGUGCAGUGCCACUUUUGAAGCGUCACACUAAUGCAACAAUCAGUCUGAGCCAAUUACAAAUAGCCUCUUUACUAGCCAAUGCAUUUUUCUGUACAUUUCCAAGACGUAAUUCAACUAAUCCACAUUCUGAAUAUGGAAGAUACCCGUACAUCAAUUUUAAUAGAUUGUUUUCAGCAUACAAGCAGGAAAAACGAAAUAAAUGUGAGUCUGUAAUGGAAAAAAUGAAAUGUAUAUUUCAUUACUUUAGAAGGGUAACAUCUAAAGGUGGAGCAGCCCCAGAAGGUGUUGUAACCAUUCAGCGACGUUAUAUUCCAAAAUCAGAUUGUCCAAAAUGGGAUGAACAAGUACAAAAGUUAUUACCAUUACAUGUUACAAGCAAAGGAACUAUAGAAACUGAAGGAACUGGGUUUCUGCAAGUGGAUUUUGCAAACAAAUAUGUAGGUGGUGGUGUUCUUGGUUUAGGAUGUGUGCAAGAAGAAAUAAGAUUCGUAAUAUGUCCUGAACUGAUGGUAACAAUGUUGGUUACAGAAGAAUUAGAUGAUACUGAAGCGCUAAUUGUUAGCGGUGUAGAAAGAUACAGUAAAUAUAACGGCUACAGCAACACUUUCAAAUGGAUGGGAGAUUUCGUUGAUGAAACCCCUAGAGAUAGCAGUGGCAGACGACUAACAUCUAUCGUUGCUAUCGAUGCACUUUAUUUUACCCACCCUCAAUCACAAUUUAAUAUAAAUAAUAUAACAAGGGAGCUCAAUAAGGCAUAUGUUGGAUUUGUUGGUUGCGAAGGCAAUAAAAGCAAUCUUCCCCCUGUGGGAACUGGAAAUUGGGGAUGUGGAGCUUUUCGUGGAAAUCCAAAAUUAAAAGUUUUAUUACAGCUAAUGGCUUCGGCAGUAACCGGUCGAUCUAUGGUUUAUUUUACAUUUGGAGAUGUAACUUUACGAGAUGAAAUUGCCGAAAUGUAUUUGCAUUUUGUAAAACACGAAACAAAUAUAGGACACAUAUUUUCAUUAUUGAGGCAAUAUCAAGAAUUUGCUGCGACUGGGAAUUCGGAUUUUUAUCGUUUUUUAUAUAAUCAAAGUAAAAUUAAACCGUUGUCGCACUAUUUAAGUAAAAACGUUCAUACCAAACAUUCUACGACAAAAGAAGUAGUUUUUAAAAAGACUAAAAGCAUUAACAACGGUGAGAAACGAUCUCUUCAUUUGGAUAUCCAAAAGUAUCAAGAAACAGAAGAAGGAAAUAUACAAACUUGGUUAAAUAAUAUCGACGAAGAUACUACGAAUAAAAAGAAACCGGAGAUUCCAGCAGAAGAAUAUUUAGAAGUGAAAAACAUCACGGAAAAAGAACCAAUUCAGAAUAAAGAUAGUACAAAUAAAAAAGAACAAAUUCAAGAUGACGAUAAUGCAGAGAAGAAAAGAAAACAAUCGUUGUGGAAAAUUUUAGGAGAUACGACACAAAAUAAAACAAAUCACGAACGUCGAUUGUCUGGUCUUGAAUUGUUAGAUGUUAAACAAGAGGCUGUUUCUUAUCAGGCUAGUAAUAGUUGUAAUGAAUCAAUGGAAAAUAAAAAUUGGCAGACAGUAUUAACAUCUACAGACUCGUAUAGUACUUACAAUGAAUCAGUUCAAAUUUCAAAUGAAAACCCUACAUCUUCGUGUAAACAUGAUUCACCGACCAAGAAAAUUGGACAGCGAAAAAUUUCAGAUUUUUUUCAAAGAACAAGUUGAAAAUUAUAGUACAUUGCAAAUUAAAGACUUCUGUUAAUCAGACAUACUGUAAUGCAAGAUUUUGUAAUGAUACAUACUUUGUACAUAAUGUAAUAAUGAAAAUAAAUGAAAAAAGUAAUUUUCGGAAUA